GUAAUGGCUCUAUAGCGCCAUCAUAGUUCAAUCAGCUCAAAUCCAAAAUGGCAGCCCACAGUGACCAUGUGAAGCAUCACAAUCGUAUCUGCGUACCUGGCGAACAUCUUGGCCUUGAAAGUGAAUACCAUACUGGUCCUGGUACUUACAGAAGAAAUGGCAGCAUCUAUGCCAGUCUUGCAGGACAUUUGUGCUCCAGAACAGAGGUCGAGACUGAGUUACCAGCACUGACAGUACUCCAGCAGGAAAUUCAAAUAACUGUACCAAGACAGAAAUCGUUAGUUACAUGCAAGGUGGUGAGCAUCACGUCAAAGUUCUGCCGUUGUGACAUCCUGAGCGUAGAGAGCGUCCCAUUGACGGAGACAUUCCGAGGGAUGAUUCGCAAGGAAGAUAUCCGAGCUACAGAGAAGGACAAGGUGGAGGUGUACAAGUCCUUCAGGCCUGGCGAUAUUGUUCUUGCAAGAGUUCUAUCAUUGGGUGAUGCCCAGUCCUAUCUUUUGACGACAGCAGAGAAUGAGCUUGGUGUUGUACUUGCCAAGAGUGAAGCAGGUGUCCCUAUGGUUCCUACAAGUUGGUGUGAGAUGACCUGCCCCAAGACACACGACAAACAACUCCGGAAGGUCGCAAAAGUACAACCACAUUAUAUUGCGUAUGCAAGCUAGCAGAAGAAUAAAGAACAGACUCUUUAAACACUAAAUAGCAUGGAAGAGAUAUUGAGAGAAAGAGAUACCGGUAGAUGUUUACGAAGAAACGUUUGUGAGACGGAACAUUAAUCUCGGAUGAGGGAUGAUAAUAGACAGGUACUCAGAGAUAUGAUGCAACAGUAUUCAGCUCCUCCUCAAAUUGGCAAGAUGCAUAAAGAAAGUCCGACAACUUGGACGAGAAGAAAGAAUUAGAAGGAAGAACAUCUUGCUUCAGAUCUUCAAGGCUCAAGAUUUGAAAGAAUGCUGCAAAUAAUUACCUUUUUCUAUUAAACACUUGGAUCAUUUCAGAGUCUUCACUUGAAUGUCAAAUGUGACCUUUAUUUUGCUUUUUAUUUUGUAUAACUAUUGUUCGUCCCAAGAAUGCAUGUGUAAAGCAGUAUAUUUGAGCUAGCAAAUAUGCUGGUCUUUGAAAUUCAACAGUUAUUAUCUCAUGUGAUGUGAGUCUGGGAGACGAAGGAUAUCCAAUAGUGCCUCUAUUGUGGUCCACUACAGUUUUGUCCUGUUUAUGUUUUUUUUAUAAUAAUUAAUAUUUAAAAAUUGUUGUUCAUCUUGAUGUAAGAUACUGGUAAAAUAUUAAAGGAAAUAAAUAUAUGUUUUUGCAAGAUUAUAAUUUUCACGUUCUUAUAAAAGCAAUGAAUGUUAUAGCCCAGCAGCAUGUUGAUGAUUAAAAACGGCCAUUGUGUACUAUGGUUCUCAGAGACAGAUAAUUUACAUAUUAUCAUGGUGACGUUUAAACCAUGAUUGAACAUUCUUUUCUUCUCAUGGAUGUAGUCAAGAAGAUAAGCAAAAAUAUGAUGAGGAUCAGUUUGUUGGAAUUCUAAUUGUAUUUGUUCUUCAAAUAUUAUGCAUGUGACUAGUAUAGAAGGAAACUUUAAAUAAACUCGCAUCCAUUUUCCUAUUAGUAUAGAUAAUAACGCUGAUAAUUAAGUGUUUUCCUCUGUAUAUCAGGCUUUAAUAUUCCCUCACUGUAUUUUGACAGCUCGAAAUGUUACGCCUUGAUAUGCUAAUUUUCUAUAACUUGAGAAGAUACAAAAUAAUAAAUAAUAAACAAACCUA